AUGGCAACAACAACAACCGCAGAAGAGCUCUACCUCGACCACGUCGCAACAAUCAUCGACGCCCUCCUCAACGACAACCACUCUGACCUCCCUCCCGCCCUUCUCUCCCUUCAACAACCAACCGACAACAACAACAUUCCUUCACAACAACAACCACAACAAUCACCGGCAAUCACCAAAGUCGACCUGGGUCUCUCAAGUCUUGUCCAAAAGAUCCUCCUCAUCGAAGGCGACCUUGCCCGUCUCCGGUUACAACAAAACGCCAACACAACUGUAACCACAACCGAAAGUGUCGAGAAUCACAUGCAACAGCGUGCCCCGCUCAUUCUCACCCCUCCAGUCGACAUCCUCUCCUCAUCCAUUUCCACCUCAAACCGAUGGGCUGCCGGCACCAAAGGUGGUGUCGCUGUUGCUACGUCGACAACCUGGGACUUUAUGAACGACAAUUCGACCUCGUAUCCUUCGCCAUACUCUGCCCGCCCUUCUUCUUCUAUCGACCUUGACGGUCCCUCUACUAUUCCAUCAAUGCACUCCUACAGCGAUGCCGCCUCGCUCUCUGGCAGCAGUAGUAGCCAUAUCAGCAGCUCUGACAGCUCCACAGGUGGCAUGCCCAUGCCGGCUCCCUUGCCUCCACCCCCACCCCCACCCCCGCCCACACCACUCUCUUCUUCUACUUCUCUCCCUACCACUAACUCUCUCAGCAUCCUACACUCUCACCACCACCAGCACAGGAGCCUGUCGCCGUUGUCUUCAUCCUACGAGAGUGUCGAUGGAGGUAUGUCGCCCUACUUGGGCUUUCAUCCUGGUGAACUGUCCAACUCGUCUCGUCCUUCCUCCCCUGAUUCCUUCAACUCUGCGCUCUCAUCCUUUCUCCUCGAUCCUCCAGAGCCUGCAGUCUUACCUGCUGCACCUGCAGCUGCUGUCCUGGCCCCCGGUCUCCCAGGCCAAAGCCUAGGCCUUCCUCCUUCAGAACCGUCCGCACUAGUGCUCUCAGCCCUUUCCUAUUCGGGUGCCAACUUGUCCAUGGAAGAGGUCCCUUGCGCCGCCUGCAUCCAUCAUUGCGCCCUCGUUGCUACUGCUGUUGUCCAAGGAGACCUAUCGCUUCGGAUUACAUGCGAUCGCCCUGCGUGCAACCAGUCCUUCCUCGCCACCUCCAUCAACGCAAUGGUUGCUAAGCUGUCCAACUUUACAGAGGAAGUCAUUCGUGUCGCAGCCCAGGGAGUCGAGGGCAACCUCGGUGUCCAGGCCAACAUGGAGAAUGAGCACGGUAUCUGGAAAGAGUUUGUCAGCCAUCUCAACACCUUGACCGUCAGCCACUCGGAGCAAGUGCGUGACAUUGCCUCUGUCUGCACUGCCGUUGCCCACGGUGAUCUUAGCCAAAAGAUUACUGUUGCCGUCAAGGGCGAAACCCUCGUCCUCAAGAACACUAUCAACACUAUGGUCGACCAAUUGCGCUCAUUCUCGUCAGAGGUCACCCGUGUCGCCCACGAAGUCGGAACCGAGGGCAAGCUUGGCGGUCAGGCUUUGGUCGGAGGCGUCGAUGGAACCUGGAAAGAGCUGACGGACAAUGUCAACACCAUGGCUUCCAACCUCACCACUCAAGUCAGAUCCAUCGCUGAAGUCACCACCGCUGUCGCUUGUGGAGAUUUGUCAAAGAAGAUCGAUGUCCAGGCUCAAGGAGAGAUUUUCGAGCUGAAGGAGACAAUGAACACUAUGGUCGACCAACUACGGAACUUUGCGGCAGAGGUGACUCGAGUCGCUCGCGAGGUCGGUACCGAGGGAAAAUUGGGCGGACAGGCCCAUGUCAAGGAUGUUAGCGGCACCUGGAAGGAACUCACGGAUAACGUCAACCUCAUGGCCUCGAACCUCACUACCCAAGUCCGUUCGAUCGCUGAGGUCACUACAGCCGUUGCUUGCGGAGAUUUGUCGAAGAAGAUUGACGUUCAGGCACAGGGAGAGAUUUUUGAGCUCAAGAAGACCGUCAACUCGAUGGUGGAACAGCUCCGUACUUUUGCCGCUGAAGUCACCCGUGUCAGUUUGGAAGUCGGUACCGAGGGAAAACUGGGCGGUCAGGCGACGGUCAAGGACGUCAGUGGUACCUGGAAGGAGCUUACAGACAAUGUCAACACUAUGGCUUCCAACCUCACCACCCAGGUACGAUCAAUCGCAGAGGUUACUACUGCUGUCGCUUGUGGUGACCUCAGCAAGCAGAUCGACGUGCAGGCUCAGGGCGAGAUCUCAGAGUUGAAGCACACAAUCAACUCCAUGGUCGGACAACUCAGGACGUUCGCUGCCGAGGUCACGCGUGUUGCCCGCGAAGUUGGAACUGAGGGUAUCCUUGGAGGACAGGCUGAAGUCAAGGGCGUCGACGGUACCUGGAAAGAGCUCACAGACAAUGUCAACACCAUGGCUACCAAUUUGACAACUCAGGUCCGGUCGAUCGCUGAGGUCACGACCGCAGUCGCUUGCGGAGAUCUGUCCAAGACCAUUGAGGUAGAAGCCCAAGGAGAGAUUUUUGAGCUGAAGAAGACCGUGAACUCAAUGGUCGAACAGCUGCGUACUUUUGCCACGGAGGUCUCGCGCGUCAGUCUUGAAGUAGGUACCGAAGGCAAGCUGGGCGGUCAGGCCGUUGUCAAGGAUGUUAGUGGUACCUGGAAAGAGCUUACCGACAACGUCAACACCAUGGCUUCGAACUUGACAACUCAGGUCCGUUCCAUCGCUGAGGUCACCACCGCUGUCGCUUGUGGAGACCUGAGCAAGACCAUCGAUGUCGAGGCCCAAGGAGAGAUCUCUGAGCUGAAGAAGACUGUCAACUCCAUGGUGGAGCAGCUGCGAACUUUUGGAGCCGAGGUCACCAGGGUCGCUCGUGAGGUUGGUACCGAAGGCAAGCUCGGCGGUCAGGCCAUCGUUAAGGAUGUCAGCGGCACUUGGAAGGAGCUCACAGAUAACGUCAACACCAUGGCGUCAAAUUUGACCACGCAAGUCCGAUCCAUUGCCGAGGUAACGACUGCUGUUGCCUGUGGAGACCUUUCCAAAACGAUCGACGUCCAAGCCCAGGGCGAAAUCCUGGGGUUAAAGAACACCAUCAACUCCAUGGUGGAACAAUUAUCGACGUUCGCUGCCGAGGUCACCCGUGUUGCUCGUGAAGUCGGCACUGAAGGCAAAUUGGGUGGUCAGGCUUUGGUCGGAGGCGUCGACGGAACCUGGAAAGAGCUGACGGACAAUGUGAACACUAUGGCUUCCAACCUAACCACCCAAGUCAGAUCGAUCGCUGAGGUCACCACCGCCGUCGCUUGUGGAGAUUUGUCCAAGAAGAUCGAUGUCCAAGCCCAAGGAGAGAUUUUGGAUUUGAAGGAUACCAUUAACAUUAUGGUGGAUCAAUUGUCUACUUUCUCUGCUGAAGUUACACGUGUCGCCCGCGAGGUCGGCACAGAAGGUAAACUGGGAGGACAGGCUGAGGUCAAAGACGUCGGAGGCACUUGGAAGGAACUCACUGACAAUGUGAAUACCAUGGCGUCUAAUUUGACCACCCAAGUCAGAUCAAUCGCCGAGGUCACGACUGCUGUCGCCUGUGGAGACCUGUCCAAGACCAUUGACGUUCAGGCAGAAGGAGAAAUUUUCGAGCUCAAGAAGACCGUGAACUCCAUGGUUGAGCAGCUGCGAACCUUUGCGGCCGAGGUCACCCGUGUUGCUCGUGAAGUCGGUACCGAGGGCAAGUUGGGUGGUCAGGCUUUGGUCGGAGGCGUCGAUGGAACCUGGAAAGAGCUGACGGAUAAUGUAAACACCAUGGCUUCCAACCUAACCACCCAAGUCAGAUCGAUCGCUGAGGUCACCACCGCCGUCGCUUGUGGAGAUCUGUCCAAGAAGAUCGAUGUCCAGGCCCAAGGAGAGAUUUUGGAUUUGAAGAAUACCAUUAACAUUAUGGUGGAUCAAUUGUCUACUUUCUCUGCUGAAGUUACACGUGUCGCCCGUGAGGUCGGCACAGAAGGUAAACUGGGAGGACAGGCCGAGGUCAAAGACGUCGGAGGCACCUGGAAGGAACUGACUGACAAUGUGAAUACUAUGGCGUCUAAUUUGACCACCCAAGUCAGAUCAAUCGCCGAGGUCACGACUGCCGUCGCCUGUGGAGACCUGUCCAAGACCAUUGACGUUCAGGCAGAAGGAGAGAUUUUCGAGCUUAAGAAGACUGUGAACUCCAUGGUUGAGCAGCUGCGAACUUUUGGAGCCGAGGUCACCAGAGUCGCUCGUGAGGUUGGUACCGAGGGCAAGUUGGGCGGUCAGGCUGUCGUCAAGGAUGUUAGCGGAACUUGGAAGGAGUUGACCGACAAUGUUAACACCAUGGCAUCCAACCUAACCACUCAGGUCCGUUCGAUCGCCGAGGUGACCACGGCCGUGGCGUGUGGUGAUCUGUCGAAGACAAUCGACGUCCAAGCCCAAGGAGAGAUUCUUGAUCUGAAGAAUACUAUCAACUCUAUGGUGGAACAGCUGUCUACUUUUGCGGCAGAGGUGACGCGAGUCGCUCGUGAGGUCGGCACAGAAGGAAAACUUGGAGGCCAGGCCGAGGUCGAAGAGGUUGACGGUACCUGGAAGGAGCUCACAGACAACGUCAAUACCAUGGCCGCCAAUCUGACCUCGCAGGUGCGAGAUAUUGCAACCGUCAGUAAGGCCGUCGCCAGAGGCGACCUCACCCAGAAGAUCUCGGUCAAUGCCAAGGGCGAGAUCCUGGAUCUGAAGAACACCAUCAACAUCAUGGUCGACCAAUUGUCUACGUUUUCCGCGGAAGUCACUCGUGUCGCCCGCGAAGUAGGCACAGAGGGCAAGUUGGGUGGUCAGGCUGAAGUGGAGGAUGUCAGUGGUACCUGGAAGGAACUGACAGAUAAUGUCAACACCAUGGCCUCAAACCUUACCACUCAAGUUCGAUCUAUUGCUGAAGUUACCACCGCUGUCGCUUGCGGAGAUCUCAGCAAGAAGAUUGAUGUCCAGGCUCAAGGAGAGAUUUCGGAGCUGAAGAAGACCGUUAACUCUAUGGUGGACCAACUGUCGAUGUUCGCUGCUGAGGUGACCCGUGUCGCUCGUGAAGUCGGGACCGAGGGCAAACUAGGCGGUCAGGCUGAGGUUGAGGACAUGAGCGGCACCUGGAAAGAGCUGACGGACAAUGUCAACACCAUGGCAUCUAACCUCACGACUCAGGUCAGAUCGAUCGCUGAGGUUACUACCGCUGUGGCGUGUGGUGAUUUGAGUAAGAAGAUCGACGUCCAAGCCCAAGGAGAGAUUUUGGAUUUGAAGAACACCAUUAACAUCAUGGUGGAUCAACUGUCUACAUUCUCUGCUGAAGUUACUCGUGUCGCCCGCGAGGUUGGCACAGAGGGUAAACUGGGAGGCCAAGCCGAGGUCGAGGAUGUCAGCGGCACCUGGAAGGAGUUGACAGACAACGUCAACACCAUGGCCUCAAACCUUACCACGCAAGUUCGGUCUAUUGCCGAGGUCACUACCGCUGUCGCAUGCGGUGACCUUAGUAAAAAGAUUGAUGUCCAGGCCCAGGGAGAGAUCUCCGAGUUGAAGAAGACCGUCAAUUCCAUGGUGGAGCAGCUCAGGACAUUCGCCGCCGAGGUCACCCGUGUCAGUUUGGAAGUCGGAACUGAGGGCAAGCUUGGAGGGCAGGCUGUUGUCAAGGAUGUCAGUGGUACCUGGAAAGAGUUGACCGACAAUGUCAACACGAUGGCUUCGAACCUCACCACCCAGGUUCGAUCUAUUGCCGAGGUCACCACUGCUGUUGCCUGUGGAGAUUUGUCCAAAACUAUCGAUGUCCAAGCCCAGGGCGAGAUUUCAGAGCUCAAGUUGACCGUGAACUCGAUGGUUGAACAGCUUCGGACAUUUGCCGCUGAGGUUACACGUGUUGCUCGCGAGGUCGGAACUGAGGGUAUUCUUGGAGGACAGGCUGAAGUCAAGGGCGUCGACGGUACCUGGAAAGAACUCACGGACAAUGUCAACACCAUGGCUUCGAACUUAACAACCCAGGUCCGUUCCAUCGCCGAGGUCACCACUGCAGUCGCGUGUGGAGAUUUGUCGAAGACGAUUGAUGUCCAGGCGCAGGGGGAGAUCUCGGAGCUCAAGAAGACUGUCAACUCCAUGGUGGAGCAGCUCAGGACAUUUGCCGCUGAAGUCUCGCGUGUCAGUUUGGAAGUCGGAACUGAAGGAAAGUUGGGAGGCCAAGCCGUCGUCAAGGAUGUCAGUGGUACCUGGAAGGAGUUGACGGAUAACGUCAAUACCAUGGCGUCCAACUUGACGACUCAGGUGCGAUCCAUUGCCGAGGUCACCACCGCUGUCGCCUGCGGUGACCUUUCCAAAAAGAUCGACGUCCAGGCACAAGGAGAGAUCUCUGAGCUCAAGAAGACUGUCAACUCCAUGGUCGAGCAGCUCAGGACGUUUGCCGCCGAAGUCUCGCGUGUCAGUCUUGAGGUCGGCACCGAAGGAAAGUUGGGAGGCCAAGCCGUCGUCAAGGAUGUUAGUGGUACCUGGAAGGAGUUGACGGAUAACGUCAACACCAUGGCGUCCAAUUUGACGACACAGGUCAGAUCUAUCGCCGAGGUCACCACUGCCGUCGCCUGUGGAGAUUUGUCCAAAACUAUCGAUGUCCAGGCGCAGGGCGAGAUUUCAGAGCUCAAGUUGACCGUGAACUCGAUGGUUGAACAACUUCGGACAUUCGCCGCUGAGGUCACACGUGUUGCUCGCGAGGUCGGAACUGAGGGUAUCCUUGGAGGACAGGCUGAAGUCAAGGGCGUCGACGGUACCUGGAAAGAACUCACAGACAAUGUCAACACCAUGGCUUCGAACUUAACAACCCAGGUCCGUUCCAUCGCCGAGGUCACUACUGCAGUCGCUUGUGGAGAUUUGUCCAAGAAGAUCGAUGUCCAGGCUCAAGGAGAGAUUUUUGAGCUGAAGAAGACCGUGAACUCAAUGGUCGAGCAGCUCAGGACAUUUGCCGCUGAGGUCACACGUGUCAGUUUGGAGGUCGGCACUGAGGGACGAUUGGGCGGCCAAGCUGUUGUUAAGGACGUCAGCGGUACCUGGAAGGAGCUCACAGACAACGUCAACACGAUGGCAUCCAACCUCACUACGCAGGUGCGAUCCAUUGCGGAAGUCACCACCGCUGUCGCUAGUGGAGACUUGUCCAAGAAGAUUGAUGUCGAGGCGCAGGGAGAGAUCUCAGAGCUCAAGAAGACCGUCAACUCCAUGGUGGACCAAUUGUCGAUGUUCGCCAAUGAGGUGACACGAGUUGCACGCGAGGUCGGCACAGAGGGCAAGUUGGGUGUCCAGGCACAGGUCAAAGAUGUUCGAGGUACCUGGAAGGAGAUCACGUCCAAUGUCAACACGAUGGCUUCCAACCUGACAGCUCAAGUGCGAGCCUUUGCCUCUAUCUCGACUGCCGCGACGGAUGGUGACUUUACACAGUUCAUUACUGUCGAGGCCUCGGGAGAGAUGGACUCGUUGAAGACCAAGAUCAACCAGAUGGUGUAUAAUCUCAGGGAGAGUAUCCAGAAGAACACGGCUGCGCGUGAGGCUGCCGAGUUGGCUAACCGGUCCAAGUCUGAGUUCUUGGCUAACAUGUCCCACGAGAUUCGCACGCCCAUGAACGGAAUCAUUGGAAUGACGAGUUUGACACUGGAGACAGAAUUGACGCGCCAGCAGCGCGAGAACUUGGUGAUUGUCAGUAACUUGGCUCACUCGUUGUUGACCAUUAUCGAUGACAUCCUCGAUAUCUCCAAGAUUGAGGCGGGCAAGAUGACGAUCGAGCAGGCACCGUUCUCGCUCAGGGCACAGGCGUUUGGAGUGUUGAAAACCUUGGCUGUGAAGGCGCACCAAAAGAAACUGGACCUCAUCUACAACGUCCACAACGACUUCCCAGACCAACUUGUUGGUGAUCCCUUGCGAUUGCGUCAAGUCAUUACCAACCUGAUCGGAAACGCAAUCAAGUUCACGACCGAUGGCUCAGUGGUCCUGGAUUGUUUCUGCAAGAACAAGACUGAUGUCGGUGUUGAGCUCCAGUUCUGUGUCUCUGACACCGGUAUUGGUAUCCAGUCGGACAAGAUCGAGGUUGUCUUUGAUACCUUCUGCCAGGCCGAUGGAUCGACGACGAGGAAGUACGGUGGUACCGGGUUGGGAUUGUCGAUCUCCAAGCGGCUGGUCGCGUUGAUGGGUGGAGAUUUGUGGGUCAACAGUACGUUCGGGAAGGGAUCCCAGUUCUUCUUUACGGUGCGGUUCAACACGGGUACCAUGUCGGUCGAGCAGAUCAAUCUCAAGACCAAGCCCUAUAUUGGACGACAUAUCCUGUACAUGGGCACCAUGCGUGACGAGGCGAUCUCCAACUCUGUGAUGCGAACUCUGGAGGAACUCCGGUUCAAGGCUACACAUGUGUCGAGUCUAGAACAGGCUGCGGCUUUGGUAUCGACGGUUUCUGGUGAGCGGUCGUCGUCGUCGUCAUCCUUGUCGGCGUCUAGCGAGAAGUCGGUCUUUGAUGUCAUCAUUGUCGACCAUGUCAAGGAUAUCCGCAAGAUCAAGGAGAUUGGCAUGCUUCGGUUCCUCCCUAUCGUGCUGCUGUCGAUGACCACCCCCUACAUCAGCAUGAAGGUCUGUCAGGACCUGGGCAUUGCCAGUUACUUCAACCCACCCGUCCAACUGCCCGAUCUCAUGAAUGCCCUCCUGCCCGCAUUUGAAUCUGCGUCUGCCCUCCCCUCUGACGCGGAGCAUGCGAUCCCCUUGCACAUCCUCUUGGCCGAGGACAAUGUUGUCAACCAGAAGCUGGCGGUUAGGAUUCUGGAAAAGUUCGGCCACAAGGUGACGAUUGUCGCGAACGGCAAGACGGCGGUCGAAUUCUUUAGCAGCAUGCAUUUUGAUCUGAUCCUGAUGGAUGUCCAGAUGCCCAUCAUGGGCGGGUUUGAGGCCACGCAGGAGAUUCGAAGAGUGGAGAUGCUGAGGAGGGUUGCUGACGGUGGAUCUAUUACUAAUGGAAACAUUGAUCAUUUGCCGAUCAUUGCUUUGACUGCCCAUGCUAUGAUUGGAGAUCGCGAAAAGUGUCUUGCUGCCGGCAUGGACGAGUACAUUACAAAGCCGUUGAGGGUGAACGAACUAAUUGCCACGAUCAACAAGUUCCCGCCCAAGAACUGCCCGGACCUGGCACACAACGGUCAUUUUUAUGAGUACCCCAUCCCCCGGCUCAGUUAUAAUCCUGUUGGGAACAAGAAGCUCAUUCUUUCCAAGCACAAAAAGUGA